AUGACGGAGAAUACGCAUAACGGUCACUCGCCACCCAAUCCUGACCACUCAGCGACUUUCAUGCCAUUCCCAUUCGAUGAGGACACAAAUCCAAGGGAAAUCAGUUCCGUGGAUACGAUUGCGGACAUAGAUGUCCUGUCCUUCCAGGGGUCCCAUACCCGGGAAGUCGUGGUCGGAAUCCCGAACUGGCGCCGUCCGCCCCCGGGCCUCGUGCGACGCUACACCUCUUUGCUGCUCGGCUCACCACGCCAGCCAUCAUACGGUACGGAUGACGCGCUGAACCUCCUCCACCCACUCCUGGAGGAGUUGCCAACUACAUCGUCGCAGGACUUCCCGACUCUGUCGUCGUCGGACGCCCUAGACGACAUCUCUGUCAACAUCGCGAGGUACCACGAGUUCCAAUCGCCGCCUUUCCCGCCUUUGUCGGACCAAGAGAGUAGAGACGAAGACUCAGCUCGCACUUCCAGCUCGACUGCAGUAGCUCAUGAGUUUCGAUUCCCGUUGCUUCCCCUCCGCCAAGACGAAGAGGAUCCUGAUAAAGACAGUGAACUUCAUUCUGCGACCUCCACUCCGAACAGAGCCAUCGAUUUCUUACGUCUUCUUCCGUCUCUCCGUGAAGAAGAUCUGAACCGCGGGUAUACCGGUGCGAGCAACACUGUGGACAUAGUUUUCGAGUUCUCAUCCCCUCCUUUUUCGCCUCUCCAAGAGGAUGAGGAAGAAAACGAGGACCUGGGGUCUUUACCUGCCUCUCUGCAUAACGCCAACUCUCCACCAAUGUUCGCAACUCUCAGGGGCAGACUCACCGCCAGCGCUUCUACUGCCCUUCAAUUCCCCAACCGCGACGGAAACAUCGUUAAUAGGUCCGCGGGACAUGUUGCCCCACCAGAUUAUGUCCCUCCUGCUGAAGGCAACCGCCGCGUGUUCCUUGGAAUGCACAUGCACAUUCCCGCCUUCCAUUUAGAUCCGAGGCGUAGUCCUGCGGCUGCCGAUCCGAGAGAAGUGACUAUUGAUCCACGAGAUUCUAUCUAUCAUAAGCAUCGAAUUUAUCCGGAUUAUAACACGAUGAUCAAGAGUCAACCUACUGCCCAGAACUCACCUAUCGGAGGUAGCUGUGGUUUUGCGGCCGAGAACUAUCCUGGUGACGCACAUGGAGGGUAUUUUCGUCAAGAGAUUAGGUUUGGCCAUCAUCCUGAUCAUCCUGGAGCGAUCGUGAACUUCCGUCAUCCGGGUCCGCCUGGAUGGCGUCGCCAAGAAGGUCGACGGGUCCGCGACGGACGUGACACCAAUCACGACGAGGAGAACGACGAGGGGCAGCCUCCUGGUGCUCCUGGAUGCAUGAUUGAAGAAGAUGAGUCAAAUGCUAGGGAAGUAUACGACGCUGAUGGACGAUUCACGGGUGGUGGACAGGCCAACGGAAACGUCACUGAGACUUCUACAAUAUCCACGAUUUUUGAGAUUGCCCAGCCCAAGCUCAGAGGAAUCCUUAAGGUCCCGGCUAUGCUCGCCAAUCCCAAGACUCUCGGGCGCAAAGUGUCUUUCAGGACACCCCUGGAAGAUAUAUUCAUCAUCCCUAUGACUCCCGUUCCCAUGACAACCUCGCCGAAUAUCCUGCCCCCAUUUAAGUGGAAGAAGUCUUUGGAUAGCAGGGUAGAUCAGAGCUUUCCCGGUUCUAAAAAUGCCUUCAGAACGUCGAUCGGAGAUCGACGCACGGCAGAGAAUACCUUUACCGGAUCCAAAAUUACCAAAAGCAUGAACGGUCCUGCAACAGCGACGGACACCUUCACCAACACCGGGUACAAGAAGAGCUGCUCACCACAGAAAUUCUCCGGAAUGCACCCGAAGGUCAUCAAAGAACUUCAGAAGCUACUGUACAACCCGGCAGCGGUGAAUCCUCUCUAUGACCGGACCGUCGACCCCAACGCCCUCCAGGAAGCACUCGAAUCCAACAAGCGACUCAAGGAGGAGAGGAUCAAGGGGCCGGCGGUGGAACACUGGGGUCCAGAGUCAAGUGGCACUUCCCAGUCUAUUAGGUGGGCUUGUGGAAGCUGUUAG